CAUGACAAAACUUGUCUGUAAAAUGUUUCAAAGUUGAAAUAUAUUUUUACAUUGGAGAUUUUAUUUUUAUAACAAGAACUGUGCUAACUUUAUUUCAGGUUAUGACGCAAACAGGCAGUCAAAUUUAACUUUAUAAAAACAUUCCCUAAAAUGUAUGUAACCAAACUUUGUGGAGCUGAAUAUCUUUGGUCAGAGUCUGUUUCAUUUGAGCAGGUCCCAGCUCCCACUUCACCAAACCACAAGGAGGGGCUGAAGACGGGAGACGUUCGGGUCUUUAAAAGCCUCCAGAAACAGGCUGUGGUCACUCCUGCUGGUUUCACACAGACUAAGGCGACAAGAUGAACGCUGUGCAGAUUCUUACUUUGACUAUGCUGCUUGCUGCUGGAGGCGGCGCCCAGCUUUUCAAGUCUGGCAAAUGUCCCGAUCCUGCAGUCCAGUACAACUUUGAUCCUGCCAGGUAUCUUGGUAAAUGGUUUGAGAUCCAGAAGCUGCCAUCAGCCUUCCAGAAAGGUCAAUGUGCCACCAGCGACUACAUCCUGCAGAGUCCUAGAGUCGUCAGAGUCCUCAACAGAGAGCUGCUUGACGAUGGAACAGUCAGGUCUGCUUUUGGCACGGUUGAAGUGAAGGACCCUGCUGAGCCAGCCAAGCUGGAGGUCACCUUCUCUGAUGUAAUUCUUCUUCGGGGUUCGUACUGGCUUCUGUCCACCGACUACGACAGCUACGCUCUGGUCUACAGCUGCAAAAGCUACGGCCUGUUCCACGUGGAACUGGCCUGGAUCCUGAGCAGGCAGCCCACUCUGCCCAAAGAUAUUACUGAGUACCUGCUCAGCAUCCUGUCCUCCAUCGGCGUCAGCGUGGACAAGAUGGUCUCCACCAUUCAGGACGAGGCGUACUGCAGUCCCAUGUACCAGUGAGACGGAGUCGUGUUAAAAAAGCGUCUCUAUGACAAGCCUCAUCUUAUUUAAAGAAAUGUCUUC